UGGAACCUGCGGCCUCAGCCGCAACCCGUCCCGGAGGUGUCCUGUCGCCUGUCGCCGCCGCCCUCACCGCCGCCGCCGCCGCCGCCUCUGCUGCCCUUCCGGGGCCAUGUUCGCUCCGGGCUUGUCCUUCUUGGUGCUCUUGGCGAUCUCGGUCGAGAGCCAUAUGGGGGUCCUGGGCCCCAAGAACGUCUCGCAGAAAGACGCCGAGUUUGAGCACCUCUACGCAGAUGAGGUCAACAGCGAGCUGGUCAACAUCUACACCUUCAACCACACUGUGACCCGCAACCGGACGGAGGGUGUGCGUGUGUCUGUGAACGUCCUGAACAAGGAGAAGGGAGCGCCUUUGCUGUUUGUGGUCCGCCAGAAGGAGGCUGUGGUGUCCUUCCAGGUGCCCCUAAUCCUGCGAGGGCUGUUUCAGCGCAAGUACCUCUACCAAAAAGUGGAGCGAACACUGUGUCAGCCCCCCACCAAGAACGAGUCUGAGGUCCAGUUCUUCUAUGUGGAUGUCUCCACGCUGUCACCUGUCAACACCACGUAUCAGCUCCGGGUCAAUCGGAUAGAUGACUUUGUGCUUAGGACUGGGGAGCAAUUUAGCUUCAAUACCACUGCAGCCCAGCCCCAGUACUUCAAGUAUGAGUUCCCUGAGGGAGCAGACUCUGUGAUUGUCAAGGUGACCUCUGAUGAAGCCUUUCCCUGCUCAGUCAUCUCCAUCCAGGAUGUCCUGUGCCCUGUUUAUGACCUGGACAAUAAUGUAGCCUUCAUCGGCAUGUACCAGACCAUGACCAAGAAGGCAGCUAUCACUGUUCAGCGCAAAGACUUCCCCAGCAACAGCUUUUACGUGGUGGUGGUGGUGAAGACCGAAGACCAGGCCUGCGGGGGUUCCUUGCCUUUCUACCCCUUUGUAGAAGAUGAACCGGUCGAUCAAGGGCACCGCCAGAAAACCCUGUCAGUGCUGGUAUCCAAAGCAGUCACGUCCGACGCCUAUGUUGGUGGGAUGCUCUUUUGCCUGGGGAUAUUUCUCUCCUUCUACCUGUUGACCAUCCUCUUAGCCUGUUGGGAGAACUGGAGGCAGAAGAAGAAGACUCUUCUGCUGACCGUAGACCGAACCUGCCCAGAAAGUGGUCACCCUCGGGUCCUGGCUGAUUCCUUUCCUGGAAGCUCUUAUGAGGGUUAUAACUAUGGCUCUUUGGAGAAUGGUUCCGGAUCCACUGAUGCUUUGGUUGACAGUGCCCGUAGUGGGGAUCUCUCUUACAGUUACCAUGGGCACGACCAGUUCAAGCGGCGCCUCCCCUUUGGCCAGAUGCGGCAGCUGUGCAUUGCCAUGGACCGCCCCUUUGAUCCAGUGGGUACUCGGCCACGACUGGACUCCAUGAGCUCCGUGGAAGAGGAUGACUACGACACACUGACUGACAUUGAGUCAGACAAGAACGUCAUUCGCACCAAGCAAUACCUGUAUGUGGCUGACCUGGCACGGAAGGACAAACGUGUUCUGCGGAAGAAGUACCAGAUCUACUUCUGGAACAUUGCCACCAUUGCUGUCUUCUAUGCCCUUCCGGUGAUACAGCUGGUGAUCACCUACCAGACGGUGGUGAACGUCACAGGGAAUCAGGACAUCUGCUACUACAACUUCCUCUGUGCCCACCCACUGGGCAACCUCAGCGCCUUCAACAACAUCCUCAGCAACCUGGGGUACAUCCUGCUGGGGCUGCUCUUCCUGCUCAUCAUCCUGCAGCGGGAGAUCAACCACAACCGGGCCCUGCUGCGCAAUGACCUUCAUGCCAUGGAAUGUGGGAUUCCCAAACACUUUGGUCUGUUUUAUGCCAUGGGCACAGCACUGAUGAUGGAGGGGCUGCUUAGUGCUUGCUAUCACGUCUGCCCCAACUAUACUAAUUUCCAGUUUGACACAUCGUUCAUGUACAUGAUUGCUGGACUCUGCAUGCUGAAGCUCUACCAGAAGCGUCACCCAGACAUCAAUGCCAGUGCCUACAGUGCCUAUGCCUGUUUGGCCAUCGUCAUCUUCUUCUCUGUGCUGGGCGUGGUCUUUGGCAAAGGGAACACAGCGUUUUGGAUUGUCUUCUCCGUCAUUCACAUCAUCGCCACCCUGCUCCUCAGCACUCAGCUCUAUUACAUGGGCCGCUGGAAGCUGGACUGGGGGAUCUUCCGCCGCAUCCUCCAUGUGCUCUACACGGACUGCAUCCGGCAGUGCAGUGGGCCCCUCUAUGUGGACCGCAUGGUGCUGCUGGUGAUGGGUAACAUUAUCAACUGGUCGCUGGCUGCCUAUGGGCUCAUCAUGCGCCCCAAUGAUUUUGCCUCCUACUUGUUGGCCAUUGGUAUCUGCAACCUGCUACUUUACUUCGCCUUCUACAUUAUCAUGAAGCUCCGGAGUGGAGAGCGAAUCAAGCUUAUCCCUCUGCUCUGCAUCAUCUGCACCUCGGUGGUCUGGGGCUUUGCGCUCUUCUUCUUCUUCCAGGGACUCAGCACCUGGCAGAAAACUCCUGCAGAGUCAAGGGAGCACAAUCGGGACUGCAUCCUCCUCGACUUCUUUGAUGACCAUGACAUCUGGCACUUCCUGUCCUCCAUCGCCAUGUUUGGGUCCUUUCUGGUGUUGCUGACACUGGACGAUGACCUGGAUACUGUGCAGCGGGACAAGAUCUAUGUCUUUUAGCAGGAGCUGGGCCCCUUGCUUUACCUCAUGGGGCCCUGAGCUCCUCUUUGUCACCUGCCAGGGUGCCUCUAUGGUACCGGGGUGUGAGCCCCAGCCCUGCUGUCCAGCACUGGAUGGCGGUGGGAUAGAGAGGUCUAGCCCAGGCCAGACUCGGUACAGUUGUGUUGUGGUAUUGAGCCUUGCAGCUGCCCUCUGCCAGGGAGGAGGUCUGCUCCCUCGAGACCCCAGACAUUGGCCAAAUUGCUGCUUUUUUCUCAGUGUUGGGGCCUCCCACAGGCCCCCAUCCGUCCGUUGACUCUCCGUUUGUCCUUCUGAAGGGGGAAGGAGGGAAGGUGAUGCCCUCCCCAUUUCAUGCCUUGCAUUCUACCUAUCCUUCCCCUCCUCCUCAGUCUGGAACCCAGAACCAUUUCUUCCUAUGCUUCUGCUCCAGGACCAUGGUCUGGGACCUAAUUUGUGUCCUGCUGCAGGGCCCCUGUUCUUCUGGGGGUUGUACCUCGCUUCCAUCACUGCCUACUCCGGUCAGCCAGGGUCAAUACAGGUGUGAGAUUUUGGCGGCUGUCCACCUGGUGCCAGGCAUUUGGUGCUAAGGCCUGCAAGAGGCCCAGAGCAGGCUCCUCCCCCUCUGACCUGUGCUCAGGCUGGUCUUUAGCAGUGGUGUUUAGUUUGGUUUGAGAGCCCCCUCUGACUGAGGGGCUGAAUUUGGAGGUCAUCUCUUCAUCACAUAAACCUCCCAGACUGAUGCCAGCACCAGGAUUGGAGGGAAAAAUAAUUCAUCUGUCCCUUUCUGAGUCCUCAGUCCUGCCAAGCCCCAGGUGGGGCCUUUCAGUGCCACUGACACUGCCCGAGAAUGUCCAGGGGCAGAACAGGGUGGUGCAGACCCCAGCCCAUUCUGCCUACACAGCUACAGAAGCCCCAGUGCCUAUCUUACAGAGGCUUAAAAGAAGAAGAUGCCAUUUCCCUGUGUCCCCAAUUCCAGUCUCACUGUAAGACCCAGGGCUGGCUUCUGAGUCUGUCCAGUCUUCAGCCAAGUUUUGUCAGGCACACACACACACACACAUAAGCCUUGGAGUUUACAUGGAGUUGCCCCAGCUCUGGGCCCUCUGGCUGCUCUGGUCCUUGGUUCCCUUCACCCUACCUGUCCAUUCCAGAUGCCAAGGAUGGAGGUGAUCAGGUUGGGUCUCUGCCUUGGGGUGGGAAUGUGAUUUAGUCUCUGACUUUUUAUAGUUCUCCUUGGGCUGGGAUAGGAGGCUGGUCUGGGUCUUCCUUCCAGAGCUCCGUUUUAUGUCUUUCCAUACUAUGGUUGUGUUUCUGUUUUCUAUGAAUGAGUGUAUUCAAUAAAGAACCAGAUGCAG